AUGAUGUAUCCACAAGUCCUCGUUUCAGGCCUCUUAAUCCUUCUCCCAGUGGCUGUGGAUUCUUUCCCAGAAGUCCCUGGAGUGGUGGGCCACCCUGUGACACUGCCAUGUUCUUAUCCAGUGUCUGAUGGGAUCUCCUCCAUGUGUUGGGGCCGAGGGGAAUGUGGGGAUACAUGUGGACAAACACUCAUCUGGACCGAUGGACACAGAGUCUACUAUCGGAUAGACCAUCGCUACCAGCUGAAGGGGCAGCUUCUUCAAGGAGAUGUGUCCUUGACCAUAGAGAACGCCACUGAGAGGGACAGUGGGCUCUACUGCUGUCGAGUGGAGAAGGGAUGGAAUGGCGUACAGAGACUGACGGCCUCACUGCAAGUUCAGCCGGUUUAUCCUGAAACUGUGACAUCUGCACACCGCCCUUGGAAUAAUCACACUAAAGUGGUCCCCACACCGCACCCCUUGACGAUCCCCACUAAGGGCCUCUACAUCGGAAUCUCCGUGUCUGUUGGGCUGUUGCUUCUCACGGGCAUCCUGAUCAUCUUAAAGUGCAGACACACGAGAAAGAAGAGGAAGCCAGAGGUCAACUCUCUUUUCAGCUCAGUCGUCUUCCAUGCUUAUAUGAAUGAAGCUUUCGAAAGUACACUGCAACUCCCCACCGAAGAUAUAGUCUACACGAUUGAAGACAAUUUCUAUGCCAGGAUAAACUCCCAGUGGCCCUCUAAGUUGACAACAUUCCAAGUCUGCAGAUGA